AUGACGAAGGGAAAGCACACUGGUUUCAGUCGCUUCUACAGACGCCGGUGGAGAAAUCCGAUUCUUGUGUUUCUGUCCACUCUGUUCGUCAUCGGUUACUUUUCAAUGGGCCAAAUUACCGCCAUGGGGAGCUUACUCACUAGGAUCACAAUGCGUCCCUACAAAACUUCUUCCCAACUCUCUUCCAUCAGCAGGCACUUGCUGUCAGAAGCACCCCCAAACAAGACAGCUCAGUUCCCAGAAGACUUGUUCACGCUGGAGCAGCGCCAGCACGGUGCUGUUCUAUUUCACGUGCUGGGACUCGUAUACAUGUUUGUAGCCUUAGCCAUCGUCUGCGACGAAUUCUUUGUGCCAUCUCUGGACGUCAUCACUGAGAAAGCUGCAAUAUCAGAAGAUGUAGCAGGUGCUACCUUCAUGGCAGCGGGGGGAAGUGCUCCAGAACUGUUUACUAGUAUCAUCGGUGUCUUUAUCAGCUACGACGAUGUGGGCAUCGGGACAAUUGUUGGUUCUGCCGUCUUCAACAUCCUUUUCGUGAUCUCCAUGUGUGCCAUUUUCAGCAAAACCGUUCUGGAGCUGACCUGGUGGCCUCUCUUUCGUGACGUCACCUUCUACUCUAUCAUUCUCAUUUUACUCAUGACCUUCUUCAGUGACAAUGUUAUCUACUGGUAUGAGGCUCUUGUUCUACUAUCAUGUUAUGGCUGUUAUGUCACCUUCAUGAAAUUCAAUGAGCAGUGUGAGAAGUUCAUCAAAAAAAUUGUUAAUCGCAACAAAGUUACCAGGGUUGGAAGCGCUGACAAGUUGAUGCCACACAUGACCAAAAGAAAGAUGAGCACACCUAUGCUUCAUGCAGGAAGUAAAUUCAGAUCUGGCUUGCUACAGUUAAUGAUUCACACAAUAGAUCCCCUACACGAUGGCAAACUGGACGACAAAGCCAACCAACUGCAUGCCAUGGCAUCCCUCAAAGUGCUGCUGGAAGCACAAAAAGCGAACGGUACGCUCAAGUCGAGCAAAGGGGUGCCCAACAGCAUCUCAUGCCCCGCCUGCUCCGACUGUCCGGACUGCACGCACGGGGCGCAUCCCUCCAUGGUGGAAUCCGCUAGCGGGGCCCACAUCGCCCCCUCCAACGCGGCCCACAACGACCAGAUGCCUCCGGUAGAGAUGUCCCCCACGAGCAACGUCCGGGUAAUUUGGACGGCCAAUAAUUCUGCGGGUACGGUCAUGACAAGGAGCAUUCGCAGUGAUCCCGGAGAAGGAGCCGUUCUUCGUUCAGACUCAGUGCAAAGCAUCCCAGAAAGCCAAACUGAUUCGACGCAGAAUGUGAACAUCGUCAUGCCCUCGGAGUCCAAAAACCAGCUUCAGAACUCGUCAAGCCAGAAUUCUAACCAUAACAUCGCCAACUCCAAUGCACCUGGUUCGCAGAACCCUGAACCUAUUGCAGAAGAAGACGAAGAUGAAGGUGAUAAACCAUUGAAUCUUUCCUGGCCUGAUACAUGGCGGAAGAGGCUCAAUUAUGUCUUAUUAAGUCCUAUAAUGUAUCCUCUUUAUUUAACACUUCCAGAUACCAGAAAGCCGGAAAAGAGAAAGUAUUUUAUCAUUACCUUCGUCGGCAGUAUCUUGUGGAUUGCAGUCUUUUCGUACCUUAUGGUAUGGUGGGCUUCCCUUGUAGGACAGACUGCAGGAAUACCAAAUGAAGUGAUGGGUUUGACGUUUCUAGCUGCGGGAACUAGUAUUCCCGAUUUAAUAACCAGUGUUUUGGUAGCUCGAAAAGGUUUUGGAGACAUGGCAGUCUCCAGUUCAGUUGGAAGCAAUAUAUUCGAUGUUGCUAUUGGGUUGCCUCUGCCGUGGUUUCUCUCCUGUCUAAUAUUUGGGCCUGUCCAAGUGAGCAGUUCUGGCAUGGCCUGCUCUCUGCUCCUGCUCUUCCUUAUGCUGCUCUUCGUCAUCAUUUCCAUUGCAGCCUUCAAGUGGAAAAUGAACGUCGGCCUCGCUAUGGUCAUGUUCCUGCUCUACUUCGUCUUCAUCGCCUGCAGCCUGUUGCUCGAAUACGGAGUGGUUGACUGCGAUCAGCUGUUGGGAAAGUAA